AUGCAGCAUUCACAUCCUAAUCUAAAUUAUCCAUACUACGGUCAACCCUACCACUACUAUGUCCCUCCAGGCUACCCCCAGGCUUACUCUGCCAGUGGCGGCAAUGGUACUCCAGAACAAUAUGCCCAAAUGCACAAGGAUCCAAACGCAUUCAGAGAUAAGCACACAAAUAUGCACUAUUAUCCACAACCGCCCGUGCAGGCUGGCAACUAUCCUGCUACCAAUGGAUUACAAGAUCAGCCGCCUAUUCACCCUCCUCCUCGCUCAACCGGUCAUACCCCAUUUCCACAGACCAAGCAGCCACUCACAAAUAGGCCUGGAGCUAGAAUUCCUGCAACUAAAACGCAACCUUUGAAAUCUGCAAUGAAGAAACCAAAACGAUCGAACUCUGAAGCCCACGCGCCGCUUCAGAGGACGCGAACAAACUCUGACACCAGACAGAGGCUGGUGCCCAUGACGAGAGCACGUACGAAUUCUAAUCCUUCCUACUUACCAGAUCAUCUGUUCCUCUCAUUUCUUGGAACUAAUGAACUCAGAAUUCAUAAUGCCGCAUUUCAAGAUACCCUCGAUGAUAUAAAAGAAAAGGUUUUGCCAAUGUGGCCAUCUGGUGUAGCAUCCCAAUUGACUGCAGGCUACUCGUGGCGUGUAACAUUUUCAAGGAAUCCCUGGAGUGCUUCUGGGCCUGAUGGAAUAAUCGUUCGAAGGAUGAUAUGUGAAUUAUUCGCGCGUCUAGCUCACCAGGGCUAUCAAUACCUAUGUUCAGUGACCAGUGGAUAUCCGGCCCCUCAGCUUGUUUUUCAGGAAGUGGGACCAGAUGAUUCGGCUGAUUUUUUCGUUGCAUACUUCUCGCGCUCAGGCCAUCGACUGACUUUGAUUAAGCCACCUCGCCACAUCGGGGAGACGAUUGGUCUACGCUUGAGGAGCGCAUGGCCAUAUAAGUUCGCGGCCCAUCACGUCAGUGAAGACGAAGUAUAUACUGUAGAACUAAAACGUAACUCUCUCGGUGCCCCCGAACUCGACAAGAAUGUCUUUGCGUCACAUGCCCUGCAGGAGAUUAACAUGAUGGGUUUCAGACUUGUGGCCACGGUACCCCUUGCGCGCUCGGGACUUCUGGGAUUUGGAUCCAGGAAGGAAGUAUGGGUGUUCCGGGGUACUCAAAUAAAACCACGCUCGAGGGCUAAUUCGCGAACAGGAAGAUCAUAG